CCCGCGCCGGGCAUAAAUAAAAACGCCCUCUCUCGAGUCUCGACUCUGCUUCCACGGUUCCUCAGCUUCGUCUCUCUCGCCGGCGCGGCAGGCAACUAUCAUCACUUCAUUAGCUCAUCCAAUCUAUUCCGAUGACGACCGUGCCCAAGCCACAGCAGGUGGCGCACUCACGGGCACGGCUCGCACCCCGCGCGAUCGGCGCCUUGCUGGAGUUUGCCCCAGCCUCCUCCUCCCUCCGCUUCGCCGUGCACCGCUGCCGCACUGCUCGCCUAGAGGUGAAGGCAUCUGGAAACACGUUUGGAAACUACUUUCAGGUUGCAACCUAUGGUGAAUCUCAUGGGGGUGGUGUUGGUUGUGUUAUCAGUGGUUGUCCACCUAGAAUUCCACUCACUGAGGCAGACCUACAAGUUGAACUCGAUCGAAGACGGCCCGGACAGAGCAGAAUAACCUCCACAAGGAAGGAGACUGAUACAUGCAAAAUUCUGUCAGGGACACAUGAAGGGGUGACUACUGGAACGCCAAUUCUUGUUAUUGUCCCAAACACAGAUCAAAUAGGCAGUGAUCACCGUGAAAUAGCCAAUGUGUACCGACCUUCUCAUGCAGACGCAACUUAUGACUUCAAGUACGGUGUUAGAGCUGUACAGGGAGGUGGGAGGUCGUCGGGCAGAGAAACCGUUGGAAGGGUGGCUGCAGGGGCCCUCGCCAAGAAAAUUCUUAAGCUCAAAUGUGGAUUAGAGAUCUUGUCGUUUGUUUCCAAAGUGCAUCAGGUUGUGCUCCCAGAAGACGCGGUUGAUUAUGGGUCUGUAACUUUGGAACAGAUAGAGAGCAACAUCGUUAGAUGUCCUGAUCCAGAGUACGCAGAGAAGAUGAUAGACGCAAUCGACAGAGUACGAGUUCGAGGGGAUUCGGUCGGUGGAGUGAUCACAUGCGUCGCUAGAAACGUUCCUCGCGGGCUCGGUUCUCCUGUGUUCGACAAGCUCGAAUCCGAACUGGCAAAAGCUAUGCUUUCUAUUCCUGCGAGCAACGGGUUCGAGAUUGGCAGCGGAUUCGCCGGGACCGACUUGACAGGAAGUGAGCAUAAUGAUGAGUUUUAUAUGGAUAAGGCUGGAAGUGUCAGGACACGGACUAAUCGCUCGGGUGGUGUGCAGGGAGGGAUAUCGAAUGGUGAGAUUGUGCACUUCAAAGUUGCUUUUAAGCCGACACCAUCUAUCGGGGUGAAACAGAACACCGUGUCAAGGGAGCGUCAGAACGUUGAGCUUCUAGCAAGAGGGCGCCAUGACCCAUGCGUCGCCCCUCGAGCUGUUCCUGUGGUGGAAUCCAUGGCCGCGUUGGUCCUCAUGGACCAGCUGAUGGCGCACGUGGCUCAGUGCGAGAUGUUCGCGCUCAAUACUGCACUUCAAGAACCAGUUGGCUCUUUCUAGCAGAGGCAGAGCACACCUGAUGAGCUCGCGCCAAAUUUUAUCAUUUAUCAUAGUAAUAAGUAGCUCAAGCGUGGCUUGGUUUGCUUGUCUCUUGCACCGUAGUUUUGUUUUUUUUUUCCCGCAAGUGUGAUGCGAUGAAGUGAAUAAGGCACUUGGUUUCCUGUGCAUUUGUACACGUUUCAUAUAAUGUAAUCUACUUCGAAGAUGAUGCAUUUUUAUAGAUGUGGCUUGUGAAAGACUGCCCUU